AUUUAGGAUUACCCAAAACCAAUAUGGCGCUGCCCUGGGAAAACCUCGUGACGAAGACACUGCAAAACUUUUUAGAGUUGACAGAUCGGCCAGAGGAGUUUUUGAGUGUCCAAGAAAAACUUUACAGACAGUUCAAAGAUGCUACAAAAGGUGUCUACGACCUUUCGAAAUCGUCAGAGUCUGGUAGCAGAGCUGCAUCAGAUAGCUCCCUGCCAGAACUCAUCAUACAGAACUUUGAUGAGGAACAGAUCUGGCAGGAAUUGGAACUACAGAACAGUUUUACUGUUGAUGGACUUAUGUCCCAGAUUCCCUCACUCACAACCCAGAGAGAACCACUAUCCUUCUGCAGGAGAAAGGCAGAAAAACUAAGAGAGAAAGCUGAAAUUGACAACAAGUCAAUACCAGUUGAUGAAACAAAAGCUAAAAAGCAGACCAAAAUGUCACAAAAAGGCAAAAAAAAAUCACAGGAUGACAUUUUAGAAGGUUUUGAUGAAGAUGAAAAUGAGAAUGCAUUAGGUAAUAUUGAUGAAGAUGAUAGUGAUGAGGAAACAGGUAGUGAGGAUUCCGAUACUGAAUUAAAUAGAAUCAAAUCCAGACUAAAAGCUAGUAUGGAUGAUGAUGAAGAUGAGAAUGAUGAUGACUUAGACUUCGACUUUGGUAACCUGGAAAAUGAUGUUGAUGAUCAGAGUGGUGGAGAAGAUGAUGAGGAAGACGAAAGUCAAAAUGCACCAAUUAGCGAUGAAGACAUUUCUGAUAAAAAGGACCAAAUGUCACAAAAACAAAAACCCAAACCUAGUCGGUCAAAGGGCAGUGUAGUUGAUGACAAAUUCUUCAAAUUAGCAGAUAUGGCAACAUUUUUAGAUCAAGAGGAUGCUCGGGAAGAAAGGGAACGGAAGAAGGCAGAUUCACAACACGGUGAGGAGGAGGAAUCUGAAUCUGAGGAUGAUGAAGAUAUUAACAUGUUUGAGGCAUUUCCCUCGGAUAACGAAGAAUCGGAGACUGGUGGUAGAACGGCUAGAUACCAGGACUUCUUUGAUCCGCCAGAGGAAGCAGGGGAUGAUAACUCUAAUAGAAAGAAAAGGGUCCAGUUUACAGAGACAGAGGAGGAUGUUAAUGAUGAUGAAGAAGACGAUGAUUUAAGUGAUAAUGAGGAAGAUGACAUGGAAGAUGAUGAUGAUGAUGAGGAGGAGGAGGAGGAGGAGAUAACAGAAGGAUCUAGGGGUCGUGACCUUCUAGGGGGUAGUGACAGUGAGGAAGGGGAGGCUGUUGAAGACAUCCUUGGAGGAAAGCAGAAAGACAACAAAUCAUCUUUUGAGAAACGACAAGAAAAGCUCAAGCAAAAGAUCUGCCAGAUGGAGGAUGCUAGUUUAGACCAGAAGGCCUGGCAGCUGAAGGGAGAGGUCAUGUCGACCAACCGACCAGAAAACAGUCUGCUGGAAGAACAUCUUGCAUUUGAACACACAACCAAACUUGCACCAGUGGUUACCCAAGAAACCACUAAGAAAUUGGAGGACAUCAUUAUACAGAGGGUAAAAGACAAGGCAUAUGAUGAUGUGGAACGCAAAAUCAAGCCAAAGGAGGACCCCUAUGAGUACAAAAAGCGGAUAGUUCUAAACCAGGAGAAAGGCAAGCAGAGUCUUGGAGAAAUUUAUGAGCAGGAGUAUCUAAAACAACAGAAAGAGGAAGAAGAGGAGAAGACAGAUCCUGACCAUGAGGAAAUAAAGAAGAUGAUGCAGACAUUAUUUGUUAAGCUAGAUGCCCUCUCAAAUUUCCACUACACACCAAAGCCGGCGGCUCCCGAAAUGAAGAUUGUAUCAAAUCUGCCAUCCAUACAAAUAGAGGAAGUAGCACCUGUCAGUGUUAGCGACUCCAAGAUGCUGGCUCCUGAAGAAGUUCAGGACAAAACUAAGGGAGAACUAAUGGCCAAGACAGAAAAAUCUGUUACUGAUCGCAAGAGAGACCGCAGGAAGAAGAAAACAGAUAAAAAGAAAAAGAAUGCAGAAAUAGAAAAGAGGCAAGCUUUGUUAGAGAAGACCCACCCUGGAAUUGGGAAAAAGGCAGGAAAGAAGAAAGCCCUUAAAGGCUUGGAGAAACAGAGCAAGUCUGGUGGAGGGCUGACUAUCCUCAAGGAAAACCAGCAGAAGAAGGGUGCAAACCUGACCUCUUCAAAGACAUUUUUCACCCAACUCCAGGAGGAGGUGACCACUCAAAUCCGUAGUAAGACCUCUCAGAAACGGAAACCUGGCAAAGAUGACGGCCGAUCAGCCAAGAAAUUCAAACUGUAGGGAAUAGCUAAAGGAACAGAGAAACAAUGUAAUAAAGGAAUCAAGAAAAUUAUAAAUGGAGAGGAUUGUCACAGUGAAAAGGAAAACAUUGAAAUUAAUUACUAAAAAUAAUCCAAGUGUAGGGGAUAGCAAAAAUGACAUGGAAUGGGGCUGAUUGGAAUAAAAAAAAAUCUUUUGUUUUCCUA